GUUUUCUCUCAUCACGAGAUGUAUUAAUUGUCGGGCGUCCCAUGUUCCAUAUGCGCUGCUGUUAUAGAUGCAGUGUUGAAUGCGGAUUGCGGGGCGUAAAACGGGCCAUGUGCCGUCAAACAUAUAUAUGUAUUUCGCUUGCACGCCGACUGCCGAGUUUGUGCUCUUUUUUAUACUAAUUCUGACCUCUGCUCCGUGAAGCAUUCGUGGACUUUGCACACACUGGAAAGUGGAGGAGGUGGAGGAAGAGGAACGUUCGUCACAAAACAAAGCAUCACAGUCAUCACAUUACAGACAUCACACAGUCCGAUUCGCGAAUCGCGAACGCUGAACGCAUCAAGCAUGGAUCGUCUGGUGGGCGCCGUGGGCGAUCCUGAACCGCUUUUCACUAACAAUCUACUUCUAUCGACUGGACCGAAUCCUUCACACGCGCAGAACAAUGAAACUCGAAGAGGUGCUGGCGUUUUGGGAACAAUCUUUUUGAUCGUAAACACCACACUGGGGGCUGGAUUGUUGAAUUUCCCGCAGGCCUUCGACAAAGCCGGUGGGGUAGGAACCUCCGUCGUGACUCAACUCGGUUUUCUCGUAUUGAUCAUAGCUGCUCUGGUGAUCCUGGCUAGUUGCAGCAACAGUACAGGCACCGAUACCAUGCAAGACACAUUUGCUGGAUUAUGUGGAUCCAAGUCACUUGCUUUCUGCGGGAUCUGCGUGGCUGUCUACAGCUUCGGGUGUUGCUUAACGUUUCUGAUAAUCGUUGGCGAUCAAUUCGAUAGGGUGUUCGCCACGUAUUAUGGUCUUGACUAUUGUCACACAUGGUACUUAUCUAGGCCAUUUGUCACAGCUUUAUCUUGCAGUAUAUUUAUAUUGCCCCUAUGCUUUUUCAAAAGACUAGACGUUCUAAGUUACGCGAGCUCCGUCGGUUGCAUAACCAUCGUGUAUGUCGUAUGGUUGAUCAUUUACAAAAGCUUCGGCGAGCAGAACGGUACCGUGCCGCCUAUGAAAAUCUGGCCAGACAACGGAUACGAAGUUCUGCAGAUAAUACCCAUCAUUUGCUUCGCUUAUCAGAGCCACAUGACGGCGAUACCGACUUACGCCUGCAUGAAGGACCGUAAUCUGUGCAAAUUCACUCUGUGCGCCGUCGUGAGCAUGCUGAUCUGCUACGGCACGUACAGUGUCGUCGGUUACUUUGGCUACGCCACGUUCGGUAGCGGCAAGGUCCCGAGCGAUAUCCUGCAAGGCUACACCGAUAAGAGCGCCGUCGUGACCGUGGCGAUAAUCGCAAUCGCGGUCAAGAACUUCACCACCUAUCCCAUCGUACUGUAUUGCGGCCGAGACGCGCUUCUUGGUAUCGUCGACGUGAGCCUCGAUCGAAUUGAUGUACGCGUGAUCGUCACACUAAUAUGGUUCAUCCUAUCGCUAGUCAUCGCCAUUCUUGUGCCGGACAUCUCGCCGGUCAUCAACUUACUCGGUUCGCUGUCCGCGAUGUUCAUCUUUAUACUGCCAGGCGUCUGCCUCCUGCAGAGCGUCUUCCUCAAAGAUCCAGAAUUGUACCUGAACAAGAACCGCCUGCUGAUCGUCUUCGCGAUCUUCCUGACCGCACUCGGUGCCUUCGUGUGCGGCGUCGUGUUUAUGGAGGCCCUUCAGGAUCUGCAAAAGGUGCCGGCCAAACCGCCACUAGUCAGCGGUUUCAGACAGCUCAGAGCGAGUCUGUGCGUUUGAUAGGAACUGCUACACUCGAGAUGGUACAUAUUAGGGUUAGAAAUUGCGCGAUCUGAGAAACUUAAAGAUUUAUUAUCAUCGAUAACAAUCUGUUAACGGCGUGCCAUGCUCUCUACAGAUCUCACGUAUAACGUAAUUCGAAGAGACUGGGAAAGCUGAUUUGCAAUCCGACCAUGUUGUUCACCUUUCAUUAGUGUUAAGAUAGAAAGAGAUAGUUAAGGCGUCAGAAAAAGACUGAUACAUAUACAAUUUUUUUAUCAGUAAGAAUUUUACCGAUUAACUCAUUCGUGCAUAAUAACUGUGUGAAGCUGAAUUCUUUUACACUUUUGAUGUCUUCCAUCGCCGAGACGUGCUCAAUAAUAUUAUAGGUUUAUUAUAUUUGUAAAUGUAAAUAAAAACGAACUCUUCGUGAUACUUUA